GUUCUGUCAGGCCAAGCAGAAGGCGGCCUUGCUGGAGCUGCUGCACGAACUCUACAACUUCCUGGCCAUCCAAGCCGGGAACUUUGAAUGUGGGAAUCCAGAGAAGCUAAAAAGCAAGUGCAUCCCUGUAGCGGAAGCCCAGGAAUACAUAGCAAAUGUGACCGGCAGCUCCACUGCCAAGUUUGAAGCCGCACUGACCUGGAUACUAAGCAGCAACAAGGACGUGGGCAUCUGUUUGAAAGGGGAAGACCCAUCUGAAUUGGUGACAACCGUGGACAAGGUGGUCUGCUUGGAAUCCGCCCGCCCCCGCAUGGGUGUGGGCUGCCGCCUGAGCCGGGCCCUGCUCACCGCCGUCACCCACGUGCUCAUCUUCUUCUGGUGCUUGGCCUUUUUGUGGGGACUCCUGAUCUUCCUGAAAUAUCGGUGGCGCAAGUUAGAAGAGGAGGAGCAGGCCAUGUAUGAGAUGGUGAAGAAGAUUAUAGAUGUGGUCCAGGACCACUACGUGGACUGGGAGCAGGACAUGGAGCGCUACCCGUACGUGGGCAUCCUGCACGUGCGCGACACGCUCAUCCCUCCGCAGAGCCGGAGGCGCAUGAAGCGGGUCUGGGACCGCGCUGUGGAGUUCCUGGCCUCCAACGAAUCGCGGAUCCAGACGGAGUCCCACCGCGUGGCUGGAGAGGACAUGCUGGUGUGGAGAUGGACUAAGCCCUCUUUCUUCUCCGACUCAGAGCGAUAAAGCUCGCGGGGCCUGUCCCCUCAGGGGCUCGAGAGGGCCACCGA